AGCCCAACAUGAUUAGGUUUAUGCCAUGCGCCGACACAAGAAAAAGAAAAUUGACAGAGGGGCCUAUCUCCUUGGACACGGUGAUGCAGGCAAUCCAGAAUUUGAGGCUAGAAUUACACGACACCAACAAAAUGCUUGAUGCAUUGGCUGCAAAGGUCAGCAACAAAAUAGCCGAUCCACAUGGUUAUCACAACCGACAUAUGGCUGACGCACGUUGGCAUCCACCCCCAUCAUGCACAACACACCGUUGUGAAAUACCAUAUCAGUUACCACAACGCCACAUUGAUCCGCCAUGCAUUAACACCAACGAACCCGACCCAGGAGUUGCAUCAUGGUUUCAUAAGGUUACGGGAUUUCGCCACAAUGCCUGGAUGUCAAUGAUUGACCAGGCAAAGGAAAGGUUUGUGCAGGAACCAACUAAAGCAAAUGAGUCGUUUGUAGCCAAGGAGGAAAUUGCUGUUGAUCGUGUUAGUGUUCUCAAUGAUAUUCUUGUUAUUACUAAUGUUAUUCCUGUAGACAAUGCUGACGAGGACGAACACCAACGCGACCAUUCUCUCACGACUAAAGUUUCCGGCGCCAAUGCAAUUUGUUUUGGAUGCACAGAAAAAUCUGGGAUGUUAGACAGUGAAGUUGUACUCCUUUAUAACUCUGGAGAUGUUACACGUGAUGGCAUAAUAUUUCCACUAUUGGUUGUCUGGCGCUUUGUGCUUGGUAUUGUGAAUGCUUUGGGCAUGUUUGGUUCUUUGGAUGCUCCAAUGAAUAAGGUGUUUGACCCCGGAGGAGGGACGAUGAAUGACACACUUUUUCCUCGUUCUUUGUUGAAUUUCCAACUUGAGGACAAGUUGGUUUUUGAGGCGGGGAGAGUGUUACGGGACUACAUUUAGUAUAUUUAGUAACUAUUAUUAUUGU